CUGUCUUACGGCUAUGACAUAAUCAGUUUCCGAAAACUCUUUCCAAGUCAGAAAUUCUGACAUAACAUUGUCAAUAAACUAACCUAAAAUUUUCAAAUGUAAUGAAAAAUGAAUUUAAAUAAAUUGAAUAUGUGGAGGAGAGCACCUUUACAGACUAAUGUAGCUUCGAUGGUUAAUUUGUCACAAAUCACGUUUGCAGGAUAUAGUACUAAGAAUAAGAACUCUAGCAGUAGUUCUAGUUCCGACAGUGAUGUAGAUUUACCUAAAAAGAUAGAUGCAGAAACUAAAAAUAAAGAAACGGUUACCAAACUUAACAAUCUUCUACAAGAGUUAAUACAAAAUGAUGUAGUGGCUAAAAGUUCCAAGUUAGACUUAGCUAAACCUAAAAAUAAAAGGAUUCCAAAGGAAGAAAGGGAAUCCAAAAAAAUUGAAAGUACAGAAAUGCAGUUGAUAAAAGCAGUUACAGAUGUUGCUAAAGAUAUUGGUGGAAAUACUAAACAAACUGAAUCUGAAUUGUUAGCAAAACUUUUAGGUCCAAAUAACAACACACCUUCAUCUAAAAAUUUAAAUGAUAUAAUUAAAGACAUGAAAAUUGAUAGAGAAGUAAAGACUAAAGAAAAGUCUAAAGCAGAGCAAGUGCGAAAUAUUUUACAACAUAUGAGAGCAAAUCAAAGGCAAGAGUCAAGAAAAGAACCUAUUAAAAUUAGAAAACCUCAACAGCUAAGGACAAGACAAGAAAUGGUACUCAAAAGAAUAGAUCUUUUUGGUAAUCAACCUUUGGGUAUAUUUACUAACAAAGACCUACAAGAUAAUGAAAUAAAAACUUGGCAGAAACUUCAUAAACAAGAUUUAAAAUUAGCUGUCACACAUCCUCCUUCAAAUUACUUCCAGCAAAUGAUUUUGUGGACAGAACAAGGGAAAUUAUGGAAAUUUCCUAUUGAUAACGAGCAAGGAUUGGAGGAAGAAAAGAAAGUUGAUUUUACAAAGCACAUCUUUUUAGAAGAGCACUUGGAGCCUUGGUGUCCACCGAAAGGUCCCAUUAGACAUUAUAUGGAGCUGGUGUGUGUGGGUCUGUCAAAAAAUCCAUAUUUAACUGUUGAAGCAAAAAUAGAACAUAUAGAAUGGUACAAAAACUAUUUUGAAGAGAAAAAGAAACUGCUGCAAGAGGUUGGAGCAAUUCCCAGUGAAACUAAUACAGAAAAUCAAAAACAAAUAGAAUAAGUUUGUAAUAAAAAAAAAUUAGUAAAACUAUUAGAUAACUAAA